AUGGUGAUCGAUCAGCUUGACAAGCUCAUGGGAGUCAAAGCAGAGGUUUCUGAAAACGAUAUGCGCGCCAUCGUUCGCGCUGUGCGCAAGCAGUCAAAAAAGAUGGCCAAGGACGUGUGUGGCAAAGUCUUGGACGCACUUCAAGGAUUGCCGUUUUCCCCGAUUGUCGAAAAGAUGCAUGCCGUCAGGCGCCAAGAAAUGUGGCAAGUUUUCGAGGAAGUGAUGGCGAGGCUGGGUGUCGCUGGCGGCCGAGAGAUGGAGACACUUUUCAACGUCAUGGAUCAGGCCGUGAGAUGCACAUCGUCAUCGCUGGCUGCGUUUGCACAAGUGAAGAAGACUGGCGGGCGUAUUGGAAUCCGAGUCUGGCAUCACGAUGCAGAUGCUUUGCAGGAUGCACGAACUGAGGGAUGCCUAUCGCUUCGAAAAUUUUCGCGAGACGGUUUUGACAUCACGAACCACAACAUGAGCCCGGAUGAGCUGCGCUUGGUCUACCGCCUCGUGAACCAGGUUGUCGCGCAUUUUACCGGUUGUCGCGUGACCUUGGCACGUUCAUGGAAUCUGAGGGACUGCUUGUGUGGAUGGUUUGAUGGGAAGCCCAAAGUCUCGCAGUUUGUGGGCCGCAAGCGGAAGUUUGAGGUGGACCUCACGGGGCCAAAGAAGGUCUGUCAGAUUUGCCGAACUGACUCGACAACGACGGAGUGGGCGAGACGUAAAGGCAGCAGAAAGGACCAGCGCAGUCGACCAGAGGGCUCGCGUUGUUUGUCGUGUCACAAGAUGGUUGAGGUGUUGGUGGAGCAGCGCUUUUUCGGCAAGGACAUCGCAUCAGAAAAGUUGGUUUGGAGCUCGAAGAAGCUGCGAACCCACGCGGCCCGUCACCGGACGGCAUGGCUGGCGCACAGUGACGCCGAGCGUUUCAGACAACACCUGCAGACAGAGAGAUUCCCAAAUGCGAAGAAGGACAUCGACAUCGUCGUCUACAAAGGCUACAAGUAUGUGAAGGUGCCGGCCACCACCCUGUUUCCUCCGGCAGGGUGCCUGCGGCAACAGCAGGUGUCAGAAGAGAUUUUCGGACAGCAAAGGUGCGCAGGCGGAGAAGCGGCAGCGGACCUCUUUCGAAAUUGCUACAACUCGGAUAGUGACUUGAUGGAGCCGCUGCGCGAGUGA